GUGUGUGAUCUUAUCUUCUCAGUAAUCCUCAGCUGUAGUGGAAGUGGGCUGUCACACUCGCUCUGCUGCCUGCUGAUGUUUUCAGCACCAAAAGUUUAGUAAAGUUAAGGCCAGCUAGGUUAGCCUGCAGCAGCACUCAGCACGGGGAUUUGGAGAAGCACAGAGAUCUAGCAGUUAGCUAUAGCAGAACGAUGGCUGACCUGACGCUGAGCGAUGCGCUGACUGACAGCGUGCCCCCGGCUGCUGAGGAGAACAUGGUGGAGAGGGACUUUGUGGCCACGCUGGAGGCUGAGGCCUUUGAGGACCAUGUUGGAGAGACUGUGGGCAAAACAGACUACAUCCCACUACUGGACAAUGAUGGAAAGGACACGGAUGCAGUGUUGGAGAAAGGACAGCAGAAAGCCCAAGGGGCACAAACACCUGGCACUGUAGGUCCACCAGUGGCACCAGGGGGACAGAUUUCAGUGUCGCACCCAGAGCCGCAGGGGGAAGUGUGGCCACGUCAGGCAGACCAGCAGGCCUUCAUCUCAGACUUUCUACCAGGCUCUAUGGCUGGGUUUCCUGAUCAGUGGGGUGCACAGCCCCACCCCUCCCAGAUGAUGGACAGUGGCUUGAUGGGGCCUUUCUCAGGUUUCUCUCAGCCUUCAAUGGGGAUUGGAAUGAAAAUGGACGUUGGAGUUGCUCCACUCCAGCCAGAAAAACCUCCAAGCAUUGCAGACACUCAGAAACCACCAUCACUGGCAACAGAGGCCCCCACCAUGCCCAAAAGCCCAGGAGACUUUUCUGCAGGUGUUUCUGCUGACCACUGGCCAGAUGAUUCUGGCAUUCCCUCUGACCUGCCCUUCACUCCCAGUGUUUCCACCGUCAUCAGUCGCCAUGCAAGCCAUCUGACUGAGAGCUCACAAGAUGCCCCCCACAACCAGUGGGCCCACAGAGAUAGUGGUCUGGGGGAAGGAGAUGAGAGAGAAAAUGAGGGUUCCGAUCGUAAAAAGGAGAAGAAGAAGAAGAAAAGAAGGCCCAGGGAUGACGUCUGGGAACCAAUGGAAGGCAAGAGUCAUCUAGAAAUGCAGGGUGAGAACGUCGCUCUACCUGAGGGCUCCCAUCAUCCAUCACCACGCAAGGAACGGGAACGUGAUGUAGGCUGGGAUCGGGAGGAUAUCGUCCGGGGAGGAGGAAGGAUCAAGAAGGGCAAAAGCCGCAAGAAGAUUCCAGAAGAAUGGGCGAUCCAUGCGGAGCCUUUCGUGCCCGCCUCUGCGACUUCUCCGCUUACUGGAGAUGUUGAAGCCUGUGGUCAGGAUCUGGUCUGCAUGACAGACGAUUUUCCUGAUGGGUCCGUCAUGCCAUCAUUACUUACCCAAGAUCUGCUUUCGCUGACUGCUACUUCCCCACCAGUUCUUCUGGACCUUAGCCCUGCAGCUCUCUCCGCGGCUUCUGCCAGUCAGGCACCAGUUUUUUCACCCACUGGCCAGUUGUCUGUCUCCUCUGGCUUCCACGAUCUGCUUAUGGAAACAGAUAAUGUUGAUUUGGCAGACCCCAAAAAUGGAUUUAUGCCCCAUGCUGCACUGGGUAAAGCUGAACCUCUUAUGUCCUCAACGAAUGAUGGCCAGGGAUUUGUGUCUGUCGGAGGACCCUUCGAGGAGGCUGUAUUUCAGCAAGAGCCCUCUUUCAUCGCCCCAACUGUGGGGACCCAUGUUUUGGCUGACACCUCUUUGGUUGACCCCUUGAUGUCUACUCCUGGUAGUGCUCCUUUUGGGUCAUCCAUGGAAGCAUUGAUUUCUGCUCCACCAUUCUCUCCUUCUGGAACUGCCUGGUCUGUUGACGACUCGCACCUGAGCAACCACAAUGAGCCCUUUGACAUCACCGGCAUGGAAGGCAUCGCCUAUGAGAUGCCUGGGCCAGUGCCAGUGCCAGAACCAGAACCUGAACCUGAACCGUUACCUUCACCAAGAGGCAAAGCAGCAAAAGAACCUAAAUCAAAGCAGAGCAGGAAGUCCCGCUCAUCCUCAUCGAAGAGCCCCACGUCACCUGACGCAAAACUGCCCUCUCCACAAAACUCUGGUUUGAACCCUGCUGCCCCGCCAUUCUUCCCUAGCUUUGCUGAACCCCAGGAGCAUGCGGUGGCACUGCCUGCCAUGCUGGAAGUCAAAACAGAGAAGAACAAGCCAGAGGUGGAAAAACUAGAGCUGCUUCAGAAGUCUGAUGUGUUUGACCAGAAAGAAAAAGUGGAGAAACUGGACAAGGUGGAGAAGACUGACAAAGUCGAUAUAGUUGACAAAAAAGACAACAUGCUUGAUGCAUUUGACAAGAUAGACAAAGUGGACAAGACAGGUGUGUCAGAUAAACCAGACAAAGCUGAGCAGUUUGACAAAAAUGAAAAGACAGACAAACCUGAAAAAACAGAAAAGGUUGAGAAGGUGGAAAUCCCAGAAAAAGUAGAGAAGAUCCCAGAAGUAAAGGCUGUGGAUCUGCUGCCAAAGAUGGACAAGGAAGAGAAGGUGGACAAAAAUGAAAAGGUAGAGUUGAAGGCAGAAACGGAGAAAGUCGAAAAGGACAAAAUAGAAAAAGAAAAGGCUGAAAUAGAAAAAGGGGAUCAGAAGCUAGAGGAGAAACUGGAGAAGGACAAAGCUGAGAAAGACAAACCAGAUCAGAAGCAAGAGAAAGACAAAGAUCAAAAAGAAAAAGUUGAACAGAAGACAGAAAAAGAGAAAGUUGAGGUGAGCAAAGAGGAAGCACAAAAAGUGACAGUUGAGGAAAAGACCAACCAGUCUGAGAAAGUGGACAAGCAGGAGAAAACUGAGAAAACUGAAAAAGCUGGAAAACAUGAGAAAAAAGACACAACUGCCAAAGUGGAGAAGGAGGACAAAACUGAGAAGGCUAAGAAACAAGCAGCGAAGCCUGUGGCAAGCAACGGCACCCCAGCAAAAGACUUGCCAAGUCCAGACAAGAAAACUAAGCCUGUUGCCGGGGCCACAAAACCGAGCUCGGCAAAGCCCCGGCCAAGCACCGUAUCCAAUCCUGUGGCUGCUCCCAAGCGUCCGACCCCAACCCUAACCCCUACCUCCACAACCACCACCUCCACCACCCUCAGCAAAAAAGCACCCGUGCCCAAGGUACCCACAACCACGGCUGGCACCAAGCGGCCCGCUUCGGCUGCCAGCCGUCCCUCCACAACAACCUCAGCAUCCAACGAGGUCAAGCCUAAGGCGACCACGGAGAGACGCCCACCAGUGCCAAAGGCCACAGCUGCCCCAGCCCGGUCUACUGCCCCCAAAAAUGGUACCUCUACCACAGCAGCAAGUAAACCUACAUCAUCACUUACCUCCCGCACCACAGCAAGUGCCACCACUGCACGACGCACUGUGGCAACAAAAACUGACAAACCAGCGGAGGACAAGAAGCCGAGCACUCUGAAGACUACAGACUCCACUAGACCCAAAACUACUCCUAGACCCGCUACCACUACUAGCAGCAGCACUGCUGCACGCACUCGUACCACUAAGUCUGCCACUUCCACCAGCACCACAACCACCACGGCUCCAGAGAAAAAGCCCCCUGUGCCCCGUGUCCCCCGAGCUAGCUCCAGUACCACUACAACCAGUACCACAACCCGGACAGCCGCCCGCCCCGGAACAGCCACGGCACCUGAUAUUAAAAAUAUACGCUCCAAGAUUGGUUCCACAGACAACAUCAAAUACCAGCCUGGAGGAGGAAAGGUCACUGUUUCUCAAAGCAGGACCGAUGCUCUGGCUCAGGGCUCCAAAGAGACCAAAGAGACCAGCCAGGGCAAAGUUCAGAUAGUCUCCAAAAAGGUGGACUACAGCCAUGUUACAUCUCGCUUGGGUUCCAAGGACAAUAUGAAGCAUGUUCCUGGUGGAGGGAACGUGCAGAUUCUCAGUAAGAAGGUUGACCUGAGUAAAGUGACCUCAAAAUGUGGUUCCAAGUCCAACAUCAAGCAUAAACCAGGAGGUGGAGAUGUUAAGAUCGAGUCCCAUAAGGUGAACUUCAAAGACAAAGCCCAUCCAAAGGUGGGCUCACUGGACAAUGUGAGUCAUGCACCUGGUGGUGGGAAUUUUAAGGCUGAGGGGCAACAGGAGACAGUUGAAGGGAGUGGGGCUCCCUCUAGUGGCUCCUUGGCAGACCAGCCAGCAGCCAGUCCUGCCCAGGAGAAUGGGCUGAAGGAGGGCACUCCAUGUGGGGGUGAUGCGCUCCGGGACCCCCAGGGCCUGGACUCGCUUAUCCCUGAAACAAGCAUCUAAUUCUGCUUUUUGCUGUCACCUUACCCUUUUCAUUUCAAUUCACCCCAACACCCUCUACCCUGCCCUUCUCCUCCUUCCUUUCUAUGUCCAAUCCUUCUGUGUUUCUGUUUUUUUUCUCCUGAAACCUUCCUCCGCUGCAGAUUGAGUCUUUCAAGCUAAACUUCCGCGUGAAAGCGCGCUCUCGCACGGACCACGGCGCUGACAUCAUAACCUGGCCUGCCCUGGGCGACAGCCCCGCCCACCCCCUUUCACUCCGCAGCAGUGUCUCGCUCAACGACUCCCUGGCGACCGCCGGCAUCCCUCGCUCCGCCACGACUCCUUCCUUCACCCUUGCCUCUCAGGGGCAGGGCUGCACCUCUGACUCCCUCGCUGGACUCCAGACGUGACCUGCUCCUCUCAUUGGUUAACACUCAACCCAGCCCAAUCCAACCUAGUGCCCUAAACUCGUGCAGACUGUUCCACCCAGAACGAUCAAACUGGAUGAUGAAUAGGUUAAAUUAAUUUAGUAGUAUCUCUUCACCCAUCCAUCCUCAGCUCCAUAACUCUCGUAACACAUUCUUCAUAGUUGCUUAGUGACGACACUCAACAUUCAUUAGGGCAUGAUGUAGGCUAGAUCUCCUGGUUUUCAUACUGGCAAUUUGGUUAUUUAUUAUUUUCUCUAGUUUUAGCAGGGUCUAAGCUGUUACGAUUUCCCAUGGUGUAAACAACUGGAUAUACAUGACAUGACUUCCCGUGUUUAUUACGCUGGCACAAGUACUUGCUUUUUAGAAAAAUCAGCUCGUAGUUUUGUGUUGCAGCUUUUUUCGUUAGUAUGCGGGGCUGUCCUGUGAUCCUGUAAGAACCAUUGACUACCCUGCAUCAGUAUCUCCACUAUCUUCUUGCUCUCAUAACUCAUCAGAUCUCACUCUCAUCCCAUCCCCUCUCUGUCAUCCAUAAGAACACACAUUUAAACAAAGCAAGUAGUCUGUUUCAGCUGUAGGUCGAACUAAAUCUCUCUAAAAAGAAACUCUCUGUGUUUUGUGAUGUGUUUGAGUGAUUCCUGUGGCUAUGAGCUGUGUUCUAUUAUGUUUGUUUGACUUUUAAUUUUCUUGUUGUGCUUGGUUGUUUGGUUCUUUUCUGUUGUUUUAGGUUUUCUUGUAAAGCAAUACAAUGGUCUCUGCCUAUAGGACAGACAUUCUUCUUGAAACCUUUUCUUGAAACAUACGCACAGGAAGCAAAGCUUACAUCUUAGACACAGCUCCACGUAGGUCUCGGAAAGUGUGCAUUGUCAGCAGAUGGUGAGGAAGAUUUGCUGAGUGAAGGUAUGAGAAAAUGAUACAUUAGUGGGUGUUAGGGAUGCACCGAAUAUUUGGCUGAAAACUGAAAGUAUUUCUCUAAAUUUUUUUGUGUUUGUGUUGAGUAAUGCUGUCACUACUCAGUGAGUAAUAUAGCUAUAAACACAGUAUGGUGUUUUCUUGGCAUUUUUGCUGGAAUUAUGAAAAAUGUGUUAAAUAAAUUCCUUUGUAUCGUUUGUGUAAUUGCAAUUCCUUUAAAAAACAUGACAUAAAUAUAUUAUAGCUAUUUUAAUCUAAUUUAUGCUAUUUUGAAAAAAAAAAAUGGAAAAAUAAGGGAAAACCUUUUGGCCUUUGUCAAAAUGUAUUGCUUUCUCCGGUUUCGGUUUUGGCCAAAGAUUUGAAUUUCGGUGCAUCACUAGUGAUAUCAGUCUGAGCUGAGGUGAAGCUAAAGUUGUGAAAUGCCGAGGUUAAUAUUGUAUGUUGUUUGAUUGUGGUUUAAUGGACCUGGUGUCAUGGCUGAAGCAUGUUUGAGAUAGAUGGAGGAACGAAGCUUUGUGUCACUCAAGUAUGUGCCUCUUAUCCUAAUUACCUGAAACUGGAAAGAGCCUGGGUCUGCCACUGCCUUUGAGGAGAUACAGAGAUGUUCACAGCCUGACACAGAACCUUUCUUUUCUUUUAGUUUUUUAGUUCUUAGAUGUGGCGUGCGUGUGAAGACCUAGUUGGACUGUACAUUAUAAAGUAUAUACCUAUACCUAAUUGUGCUAACUGUUCGGUCAGAGGUGUUUCAGAAAGCUUAAGCGUAACUUGCCGGCAGCACUUGUUCAGAUGUUCAAGCAGGGUUGAAACAGAGGCAGUAGACCAUUAUGUAGCUUAUUCUUCUUGUAGCAUUUGAUCUUAGUCGCCUCUAAAUAGCCUUUUUCUUAUUAUUUUAACGCAGUCCAAAUAUUGUAUCCUGUUCUGAAAGCAGUCAGUGGUGCUGUGUUUGUUCUACAAUAGAGAAAGGAGACUAUUAAUGCAAAAGAAAACGGCAGAUGGUUGCUCUGUCUCUCUUCAUUUUUCCCAUUUAGGGUUAAAGGGGUGUGGAUAAUUAAGGAGAGUUCUUUGAUGAGAAAUCUACUACAGUUUUACCCUGUUUUUAACGCCACAUUUAUGCAACUAAUGUAACGACUACAUGACACUACUAUAAAAAAAAUCUAUAUAUGUAUAAUACAACCUACCCUUUGCUACUAUCAAUCACUAUCAUGCUUUUGAAGGUUUCAAGCAUUUUAAUUACAAAGAAGUUUAAUGCACAUGCUUAUUAUGCACAAAUCGACUCUGAGCUAUAUCUCAGUAAAAUUUGAUUGAGGAACCUGGCAUUGAAGAGAAAUAUCGACUCAGUAUUGAACUAGGAAUAAAACAUUUAAAAAAUCUUAAAUUGUUAUGUAGGGUUAUGGGCAAUAACAGUUAUUAUUUAUGUAGACUUUUUUUUUGACAACUGAGAGGUAUGUAGAUAUUUGUAUUUGAGCUGUGUUGUGCAGCAUUCAAAUGCUCUGGGUAUGGUUCUUUUUGAAUUUUGACUUUAUUUUGAAACCUUCAGCUUUGCCCGUAGAGUUGUGGUCAUUUUAAAGUCAAUUCCCUGUGCCUGAUUGCAGCCAUUUUACUGUCAAGUGCAGUGUAAUCUGCUUUUCUUCUUUUUUCUUUCAUUUAACAUCUUUUUGCUCCUCCUGAAUUGCUAGCACAUGGUUUUAUGUAAAUAUAUAUAUUUACGGUUUAUACAUUCAGUAUAUCGCCGCCGGAAGGAAAACCACAAUGGAAAUGAAAAGAAAAUGAAUUUUGUUUUAAAAGGGUGUUGAGUACAGAUUUGUACCUUUUAAGGUUUUUAGAAAGUGUGCUUGUUGUUAUUAUUGUUAUUAAGAUCAUUAUGAUUUCAAUGACUAUUAUUCAUAUUUAUUAUGAUUACUAUUAUUACUAUUCAGAAAACUAAUGUCGGUCUGCCUUUUUAUCUGAGAAAAGGGCUGAGGUGAAAGAAUGUUUUUGCAACAUAAUGUACUAAACAUGCAAGACACUUGUAUUUGUGUUUCUAUCGUACUGCUAUUGCUUUGGUAUGCUGGUCGUGGCUGUCGGUAGUGUGGGUAGUUCCGACUCCUACAGGCAAAAUGAAUCCAGUUUGAGUUGUGGGGCUUAUAUGCGUAUGACUUGCAUCCAAAGCUUGCCUCUAUGGAUCUCAAUGAGUCUCUUAUAGCUCCUUGCCCUUCCCUUCUCCUCCUUCUAGUCUUAAAAAUAAAAAUAACACAUUGUUCUAGACGCAAGCAAGCUUGCCCUCAUUUAAAUGAUUGAAUUUAUAAAAGUAGGGGUUUGCAUUGAAUGUGUUUGUUUUGCACUGUUUAAAUUCUGCCAUGAAGGAUGAGGACGUCCUGUCUAGGCAGGAAGUGAGAGGAGAGGUCCCAUAUUGUGUGUGAAACUGGGGAUCCAUGGCACACUUUAAGUACUUUGUCCACAGAGACAGAAAUACAAAGCAUACCACCCUUGCUUGAGUUAUACUGAAGCUUCUGAAGACUACCACACUUAUAGAUACACAAAACAUAUUUUAUUGUAUUAGCCCACAAGAUGGCGUAAAAAAGCCCCUUCAGAGCGCUUCAGCUAAUAGAGCAUACUAAUAUAAAACAUACUAAGAGCAUGUAGAACAAGUGGGAUGUGUUUGGUAGACUUGUCAUUUGCAGACAUUGUCCUUUGCAUUUUUUUUUUCUUUUUGAUGUUUUGUUUAAUUUUUUUGUUUUCAAUUUUUUUUCAUUACAUUUGGAAUUCAUUUUAAUUUCUGGUUUGAAAGAAGUGUUUAUUGUGGUCAGUUGUUAACUAGUGAUGUGAUUAUUAAACAUUAAAUAAAAUGAAGUGUUUAAAACAUUAUAAAA